AUGAAUACCACGGGUGUGAACUACACCAGGAAGUUGGCCAGUUUCGCGGCCAAUGCCACCUUUUCUGCGAUCCCGUUGAGCUUCCUGGCAUUACUUCCGAUUUUCAUCCUUGAUACUUUCUCCGCCAUGCUCGUCGGCUCAGUUCAGCCCGUCUACCGCUCUGCCGUUAAGGCGGUGGAAAUCACGUACGGAACCGGGAGCACGCAUGCCGCACACACUACGCUCGACGACACAGUCUCCUCGCUCUCCAGUCAGAUGUUCUUGUUGAGCCUGGCUGCAGUCGACUUCGAAUUCGAGCAUGUCAUUCAAAACGCGCACCCGGCUUCUGCUAUGUUUCCAGCCUUGCUUUGCGUCCCGGCCGCCCACUAUAAGACUGGCAAAGAGCUUCUCACGGCAAUCGCGCUCGGAUACGAACUCGCAACCAGAAUCGGCGCAGCCAGCACUGCACAAGUAGAGUCUGUGAGAGGCUUUCAUAACUCUGGGUUAAAUGGAGAUCUCGCCACCGCUGCUGCGGUGGGGCGCCUCAUGGGAUGGGACGCUGACACCAUCGCAUCGGCAACGGGCCUCGCUGCUUCCAGCUCGGGUGGUCUCCUCGCCUUCGUCAAUACCGGCGGAAUGACCAAGCGCCUGCACCCUGCUCGCGCAGGCCAACUUGGUGCUGAGGUCGCCUUUCUGGCUCAUGCGGGGGUCGUCGGCCCUGCAAAUGUCCUUGAGAAUCCGCUAGGAUUCCUCCAUGCCUUCUCGCCGAGUCCACAACCCAUCCUCCUAACCGCCGGAUUAGGCGUGAACUGGACCGGAGAACAGAUGAUCCUCAAAUUGGCACCUGUCCACGCACGCGCACAGGGCUUCGUGUUUGCCAUCAACGACUAUCGAUCUCGUACCAACCAGAGUUGGAGUGCCGGCGACAUCAAGAAGGUCACCAUCUAUGGGGGUCCGGCGGUUCUGGCGUCGAGCAAUUAG